AUGUUCAAGUACCGGAUCCGCAUGUUUUUCAAUGAGCUGAAGGUCCUGGUGUUCAUGCGAUCCGACCCGAGCCCGGCCCCCCCAGAGAGACGCUCCACCGGCACCACCGGGACCACCGGGACCACCGGCACCAUGCGGGGUCUGGGGGUGGGCGGCUGCGGCUGGCCCCCGUUCGUCGACUGCCAUGCCCGGGACGACGAGGAGGAAUACUACGGCAGCGACCCGCGGCCCCGGAGCCUGGCCUUCGAGGACAAGGAGCCCAAGCUGCAGGUGGACGCGGUGUCUCUGGCCAGCACGACCAGCAGCCAGCGGACCCCCCAGUGCCGGAUCUGCUUCCAGGGCCCGGAGCAGGGCGAGCUGCUGAGCCCCUGCCGCUGUGACGGCUCGGUGCGCUGCACCCACCAGCCCUGCCUCAUCCGCUGGAUCAGCGAGAGAGGAUCCUGGAGCUGUGAGCUCUGCUACUUCAAGUACCAGGUCCUGGCCAUCAGCACCAAGAACCCUCUGCAGUGGCAGGCCAUUUCUCUGACAGUGAUCGAGAAGGUGCAGAUAGCCGCCAUCAUCCUGGGUUCCCUGUUCCUCAUCGCCAGCAUCUCCUGGCUCAUCUGGUCCUCGCUCAGCCCCUCGGCCAAGUGGCAGCGCCAGGACCUGCUCUUCCAGAUCUGCUACGGCAUGUACGGCUUCAUGGACAUCGUCUGCAUAGGCCUCAUCAUCCACGAGGGAUCAUCGGUGUAUCGCAUCUUCAAGCGAUGGCAGGCUGUGAAUCAGCAGUGGAAAGUUCUGAACUAUGAGAAAUCCAAGGACUUGGGCGACCCGCUGAGCUCCAGCAAGUCGGCGAACCGCGGCUCUCGCGGGAACCCUCACGGCCUGGCCAGCAGCAGCGGCGGGCGACAGAGCAGGAGGCUAAGAACUAUCCUGAACCACCACUGUGGCUACACCAUCUUACACAUCCUGAGCCAGCUGAGGCCCCACGACCCGCGGAUCAGCGCCGCCGCCAGCCGGGAGGUGGUGAUGAGGGUCACCACCGUAUGA